AGCCAGCGGUUUUCCACGACGUCUCCCGUCCGGCAGCUGCAGCGUCAGCGUCUCCGCCACCUCUCCAUCCAUGAAUACCUGAGCAUGAAGCUGCUGAAGGAGGCCGGCGUCUGCGUCCCGUACGGCUUGGUGGCCAGGACCCCCGAGGAAGCGUACAAGGUGGCCCGGAAGAUCGGCACCAAUGACCUGGUGGUGAAGGCCCAGGUGGUGGCGGGGGGCCGGGAAAAGGGGGUCUUCGAAGGUGGGCUGAAAGGCGGCGUGCAGAUCGUGUGUUCUCCAGAGGAGGCCAAGGAGGUGGCCGCCCAGAUGAUCGGCAAGAAACUCAUCACCAUACAGACGGGCGAAAAAGGACGGAUCUGCAACCAGGUUCUGGUCUGCGAGCGCCGAUACCUGCGGAAGGAGUACUACUUCGCCAUCAGCAUGGAGAGGGACUUCCAGGGGCCGGUGAUCGUCGCCAGUUCUCAGGGCGGCGUCCGGAUCGAAGACGUGGCGGCCGACAAACCGGAGUCCAUCCUGAAGGAGCCGGUGGAUAUCGUGGCGGGCCUGCAACGCAGCCAAGCCAUCCCGUUGGCUGAGAAAAUGGGCUUCCCUUCGGAGCUGGUGGAAGAGGCGGCGGACAACAUGAUCAAACUCUACAACUUCUUCAUCAAUUACGACGCCGUCAUGGUGGAGAUCAACCCGCUGGUGGAGGACUCUACGGGGAGAGUGAUGUGCAUGGACGCCAAGGUCAUCUUCGACAGCAACUCGGCCUUCCGCCAGCAGAAGGUCUUCGAGCUUCAGGACUGGACCCAGAUGGACGACAAGGAACGGGAGGCGGCCAAUGCGGAGCUCAACUACAUCGCUUUGGACGGCAACAUCGGUUGUCUGGUCAAUGGGGCAGGCUUGGCCAUGGCCACCAUGGACAUCAUCAAGCUCCACGGAGGCGCCCCGGCCAACUACCUCAGUGUGGGCGGCGGGGCCACGGUGGAGCAAGUCACCGAGGCCUUCAAGCUGAUCACCUCCAACGAGAAGGUCCAGGCCAUCCUGGUCAACAUCUUCGGAGGCCUCAUGCGGUGCGAUGUCAUCGCGCACGGGAUCAUCAUGUCCGUCGAGGACCUGGAGCUCAAAAUCCCCAUCGUGGUGCGCCUGCAAGGCACCCGGGUGGCCGACGCCAAAGUCCUGAUCGCCGAGAGCGGCUUGAAGAUCCUGCCCUGCGACGAUCUGGACCGGGCGGCCAAGAUGGCCGUCAAGCUCUCCGAGAUCAUGACGUUGGCCAAAGAGGUGGACCUCGAUGUGAAGUUUCACUUGCCCCCCUGA